AUGGCCGAUGUAAACAGGCAAAUGGAUUUUAUAGCUCGACACAUAGAAGUGAGAAAUAAGGGAAGAAAUACUACGAAAAAAGAAAAAAAUGGAUCAGAAAGCGAUAGUGGUGAUAAAGGAAAAGAAAAUUCAAGCAGACGUGCCUACUCCAAUUAUUAUUUCUUUACUAUAAACCUAGCAAAAACUUCAGUUUGCAAGCAAUUUUUCUUGAACACACUUUCUAUAAGCUCACAAGUUGUAAAAGCAGUUAUAAAGAAAACAGGAGUCCAUGAAACCGUAAACAAAGAUCUAAGAGGAAAGGUUUGUAAGAAUUCGCUGAUUGAGGAAGAUGUGAAGCAAAACAUACGAGACCAUAUUAAUUCUUUCGAGUUUAUUGAAAGUCAUUACUGUCGGACAAAUACUUCACGUUUAUAUUUACCUCCUAGCCUUAAUGUAUCAAAAAUGUAUUCCUUAUAUGAAGAGCACUGCAAAGAUAACAAUAUUAAAAAAAUAGCUACGGAAAGUAUGUAUAGGAGAAUUUUUUCAGAAGAAUUCAACAUAUCUUUUGUCAAGCCUAAGAAGGACUUGUGCGACAUUUGCUACGCCUAUGAUAUUUCGACAACUGAGGAAAAAGAAAAACUGGAAGAAGAAUAUUUUUUGCAUAGGGAAAACAGAACUAAAGCAAGGAAAAUAAAAGACUUAGACAAAAAGAAAGCUUUGGAAAACCCACACUUUUUAGCAGCUACUUUUGAUCUUCAAAAAGCACUUCCAGUUCCAAAAUCAGACGUUGCACUAGCCUAUUAUAAACUUAAACGACAAACUUACAACUUUUCAAUUUUUAAUCUGGGAACUGACGAUGGAACAUGCUACAUGUGGCAUGAAGUAACAACAGUGUGGCUCUCAUGA